UCUUAUUUUGAGUAGGCGCUAUAACUGGUUGGCUUCUUUUCGAUAACCAUGCAAAAUAUAAACAUAGGUGCACCAGCGAGUUUCCCCAUCCAACAAAAAAAUCGAGCUUUACAAAAGUACUUGAAAUGGUCAGAUGAUAUAGAAGAGAAAGCCAUUAAGUUCAUAAAGACAUAUAUUCCUAAAGGUGCCUUCAUUGGUAUUCACUUAAGGAAUGGCAUUGACUGGGUGCGUGCCUGUGAACAUAUACCUUCUAGCCCCAACUUGUUUGCUGCACCACAAUGCUUAGGCUAUCAAAACGAGAAAGGAAUCGCCACAAAAGAAAUGUGCCUUCCAACCAAAGAAACUGUGAUAAGACAACUCAAACGUGUGAUAAAAAACAUCAAAAACGCUACAGUGCAAGCAAUUUAUGUUGCUUCAGACAGUAACCACAUGAUAGAAGAUCUCACAGAAGGACUGAAGAAAAUGAAAAUUCAAGUGAUAAGGAAUCUCAAUGCGACACCACAAGUGGACUUGGCUAUUUUGGCAAAGUCAAAUGUCUUUAUUGGAAAUUGUAUCUCAUCAUUCAGUGCUUUUGUUAAGCGAGAAAGAGAUGCCAAGUCAUUUCCGUCAGUAUUUUGGGCUUUUCCCAAGGAGAAGAGUGGACACCUUGGUAGUAUUCAUGAUGAACUGUGAUAAUAGUAAGAUCUUUGAGUAAGUUUAUUGUUUUUGUCAUGCUUUCUGUAGUAUCUGUAAUAAGUUCAUUUUUCACCGGAUCACUCGAAAUAGACAAUGAAAUCAUAAAAAUCCGACAUUUGCUGUUGUGGGACUAGUUAGCAUAAAAUUCGAUAAUUUUUGUUUUUAGUCGGUAUUUUGCAUCAACUAUAAGCCCAACACUUAUAACAAAUGUUUCUCUAGGCUCAAAGAUUCUUGGUUACUUUAUGAAAUACAAGGUCUCCAAAACUAGCUGUUCAUUCCUCACUGCAACGUGUUGCGAUAGCUCUUGAGUACUUGCAAUAACUACUCAGUGUUAUAAAACUUAUCAACAAAUCAGUAAAUUAUUCAUAAUUAUUCAUUUUCCCGCUUGUUCUUUCCACUGUGUGAAAGCUUCAGAAUUGUCGCCACAUUAUCUAAGUAAAUUUUAACAGCUUUGCGACAAGUUUAGUGAAACACAGUAUAUGUAUUGAUUUGAAGAGAUUUCUACUUUUUUACGGUCAAGUUUGUAUUAUUUCAUUUUCCACGAUUUGUGUUCUAAUUUUAGUGGUCUAUUCAAUUCAAGAUGUUAUAAUAUCUCUUUGGAAUAACAAGUUAAGUUCUUUGAACUGUUUUCCGUUUUAUGAAAAUCUCCAUAGGAAUAUGACAAAUACCUACUGUUUUUUAAUAGAAUUUCUUAAGCACUCUUAAAACAGUAUUCUUCUAAACGAUGCAAAUUUUAAAAGGUGACUAUUGAGGUGAUGAUAUUAAAAAAAUGCACGACUUUGAAAAAGUGUUGAAUGUCUGUUAGGCUUUGGCUUUAAAGGUGCCCAUUCUUUGCUAAUAUUGAGAUGAGCCUCUUUGCAUUUUUUUAUUAUACAAAAUAUUUACAGGGGCGGGAGAUAUUUUAACCGCGGAUAAGGGCCACUGAGGCGAUUAUAAAUAACACACAACAAAAUAAAAAAAUGAUGUGUACUUGGGGUUCCACUAUGUUGGACAAAAAAGAAAGUAAUUCUGGCAUUAAGAUCACAUAUUUUGGUAUAUGGAUGUGCAUAUAUUCAGAGGUCGCGGAGAGAUGCACGUUCACCAAAAAUACUUUUUUUUAAUAUGAUGUCUAAAUUAUUUUCAUAUUUGCCCAUCCUCCCACAAUUUUGAGUUCCGAUUUGUGUUUAGAGGGAAAAUAUAUGGAUAAAAUAACAUAACACUUUUUUUUGUGAACCGUUUUUAUUCGUUUCCUCUAAGAUUUGUUCAACGACCCAAAAUUUUAACUUCUGUUAAGCAUGAAAAAGUACAUUUUUUAUUUUUUUAUAUAUUCUUAUAAUGGAGAUAUAAUAUGAACAAGAAGAGAAAUACAGUUCCAGAAUAGUUGAAGUUUGAUAUAUCCGUUUUACCCGAAAACGACACCCUCUAUAUUAAAACUUUCAAAUUCACAUAUUUGGAAAGAGCACGGAAAAUUCACUCUGAUGAUCCAUUUUUUAUCUGAGCAAACGAUUUUGUAAGAGCUUGAUAUACUGAUUUUGUUUAUUAUGGAUUACAAAGCUGGAUACUUUUUGGUUUAUUUAUGUUUCUGGUUAAGUAGUUAUGCACCACAUUAGUUCGAUUUAGAAGAGGAUUAUAUUUUCGAUCAUUUACUUCAUCUAGAGUUUAGAUUAAUAAAAAGAUACGUCCAAGUCCGUAUUAAGAACUGAAGGGUAGCGGUUGCGUAUCCACAUAUUGAGGAUUUUUUUAAUCAGGAAGGUGGCCAAAUUUACAUAAAUACGAUUAUUACCCAGCUGAAACAGGUAGUGUAAGUGUCAACGUUGGCAUGUUGGUACCCAUCCAAAUCAACGAAUUCAGACUGGGUAGGAAGAGCCAGUCAAGGAUUUGUUUGUCUUCUAAAUUCGUAUAUUUAGUGUUGUCCGAGUGUUUGAAGAUAAUUGUGGGGUUAGACAAUUUUAAGAUUUGGUACUUCUUACAUCAUUUGCAAAGAGCGGCACAAGCUUAAUUAUAGUAAAUGUUUCCAUUGGUAAGUAUUAUUAUUAUGUUGAUACAGUGCUGCCACUUUGGUAGACAGUGAUAGACAAAUGAGUCAAAAGUAUACACUCAAGCUACGCAAUCUUAAUCCUCCUCCAUCUAAUCUAUUCGAAUUCGGUGAUCCAAAUGAUGUGUGAUUUAAUGAAGCAAGAGAUCGCUGGCUACCUUUGGAUAUGUUCCUUGUUAAUAUCAUAAGUCUCCAACUAACGUGUAUAUCUUUUUGAAACAGAGUAUGUGUACCCAGUUCAUCCUAUUCAAUCUGUUGUGAUACUAACUGGAAAAGAAAUACAGACGUGAACUCAUUCAUAGUUUACAAGCUCGUCCUAUCCAAGACAACCAGUCAUUCCCUGCUUCAUACCCUUCUAAAUGGUGUAUGAUUUUAUAAAAUAGGUAACAACUGAUAGUUUAGGGUUUAGGGUAUAACGAGUUCUUAAACUUUGAAUGAGUCCAGGCCUGUAUAUAUUUUCGGCUCAAUAGGAGAAUCUGGGUACAUUGCUAAUUAUACUACCUGUGAUGUUCGGACAGUAUAACAAUCGUGUGUCUCUAAAAGAGAGACUUGCUCAAUAUGUAGAUACGCAACCGCUAAUCAUUGGGUCUCAAUGGGGACAUAGAAGUAUGUUGUUAUUGGUCUAACUAAUCGAUAAGAUGACCUUCCGAAUCCAACACUAGUAUCAUUAUUAGUAAGUUAUAAAAUUAAUGGACCAUGAAGUGUCCAGCCGGGUACUCCAAAAUAAAUAAACAAAAUCAGUAUUUCCAGCUCAUACAAAAUCUUCUGGCCAAAUAAAAAAAGUGAAUUAUUAGAAUUACGUUUCUGUGCUCUUUCCAAAUAUGAAAACAGAAUUCGGAAAUUCCAGUAUACAGCUUUUUGUUUUUGGAUUAAACUGUCCAGACCUGUAUUUCGAUGACAUAAGCUGAGUACGUAUACCAAGUUUCAGAAAAGUAUAAUGGGCAGUUAAAAAGUUGUGUCAUCAUAAAGAAAUGUAUCCUCUGUGUAUGGUUAAAAUAUCUCCCUCUCUCAAUGAAACACCCUGUAUAUGCUUAGGUUGUAAACGCGGCACGUUUUAUGUGCUAUUUUUUAUACAUUGAGGGUAGUUGUGUUUUUUCUAUCCUCUAUAGAUGUCUAGGUAAUAAUAAAAAUUCAACAAAAAUAUACAGGAACCAGUUUUUCUAUUCCUUGCCACCCAUGUAAUAUAUUACAUUUGUAUACAUACAUUUACUAGAUACUUAAGAAUUCUUGAUCCACAGAAGCAACUGAUUGAGUGAUAUGAAUCCAUCUAGCACGUUUAAAAACCUGCAAAAUGUGAAACACACAUCACAUUCCACCCAUUUCAUUAUCAAAGAAGUUAUUCAAGCAUAAACAUUUUAACAAUUGGUUGGGUUAGCUGUUCACGAGGCUUGGGAGCAGUGUUUCAUGUUCAGUUUACGAAGGUCUCAUGAUGCGCAGUUCUUCCUUGCUCUCAAUAGAGAUCCAAGAUGCAGCAUGGUUAUGCAGCAGACGU